AUGGCCGACAAAUUGACAGAAGAACAGAUUAGCGCAUACAAGGAGGCAUUCUCGCUAUUUGACAAAGACCACGAUGGCAAGAUCUCGGCCAAGGAGCUGGGCACUGUGAUGCGCUCCCUGGGCCAGACACCCAGCGAAUCGGAAGUCGCCGACAUGAUCAACGAGAUUGACAUGGAUAACGACGGCAGCGUCGAUUUCCCGGAGUUCCUCACGAUGAUGGCGCGUAAGAUCAAGGACACUGACACGGAAGAAGAAGUGCGCGAGGCCUUCCGCGUCUUUGACCGCAACGGAAACGGCUACAUUUCCUCGGCCGAGCUUCGCCACGUCCUUAUCUCGAUUGGAGACAAGCUGACCGAGGAAGAGGCCGACGAGAUGAUUCGUGAGGCCGACGUGGAUCAGGACGGCCAGAUCAAUUACGAAGAGUUCUCGCGUGUUCUUUGUUCGAAAUAG